AUGCACAGUGGCUUUGCCGUUGUCGCCAUCAUGGAAACCAGUAAUGCAUGUGUGGCAGAGUUGAGGAUGAGCGUGGAAAUUAGCGACGAAGGGAAUACUGUUGUCGAUGACGGUCGACUCCUUCAGCUCCAGAUGAAUUACUACAACAUGGAACAUACCUACCAACCUUCGCCUGUUGGGCAGCCCUCACCCUUCUUCUACUACAAUCCCGAACCUAAAUCUGACAACCGACUUCAUGGUCAUUUCUCGCCAAAUCCGGGUAUGAAUCAAAUUCAAAUAUUCCCUCAGCAUUUGCAGUCUUCUGUACCACCAACCCCUGUAUUUUCGAGGCCAACAUCCUCGGAAUCUCCAAUGUCUGUACCAUCCAACAUUUUUAAUCAAAACUAUGCCCCAAAUGUAGGGCAAAUGUCUUCACAACCCCACUAUCAUAAACAAUCCAACUUUGUGCUGAUGGACCAAUCAACCCGUUUCAUGGUAGACUCAGGGAUCCAAGAGCCAGACAUUUUCUACUAUCCUUCAACCCCACCUUUAUCUGCUCCAAACAGUGCUAUCAGCAGCCCGGCAAGCCUCGAAAGUUCUGCAACACCAAUAAACACCUUGUAUUUCGGCUUAGACGGAAUGAAGGAUGAGCUGGGAGUGGACAGAAUGCCAGGUAACGAUUGGUUAGGUGCUUCAUCACCACUAACACCAGUUUUUCUUCACCCAACUUCCCUCAUGAGCAUGGAGACUGGAUGUAAAAUUAUUCAUCCUCCAAGUUCCAUGCUAUCACCAUCACCAUCACCAUUCCCGACCCAUCCCAUUGGAUCGGAGCCAGAUCUCGAUUUCUGUGACCCCCGGAACUUAACAGUUAUAUCUGGUUCUUACGCGACAGAUCCUGACCAAAAGCCCAUACAUGUUCAAGAAUCAUCCCCUUUACCACCACCUUGCAACAAUGUUGACGUUGAUUCCAAUUCCAGCGGUGUUCAAGACAAAAUGAGCCCUUCAGAAUCUAAAAUGACAUGCUUCCAACCUAGGCAGUGUAUUCCAAUGUACGACCAAUUCCCCGAAGUAAACGGAGAAGAUGUUUACCUGGGAGAUCUCUCAAGGUUUCCCCACGAAGUAUACAAUUAUGGUACUAAGCGCCAACGUACCGGUCAUGUGCAGGAAGGUUCAGCGAUUCAAGGUGACAGCUUUGAUUCCAUAAUAACUCUCGGUUCUGGACACGAACCUGAAACAGUUACUAUCUGCGAUCAUAGCUUUUCUAGCAGCCCUCACUCAGUUCUUGAAUGUGAGACUAAAAAAGAAAAGAGGACCAGAAAACAACCAAAAUCUCGGACUGAAAAGGGAAUCACAGAUAAGACUUCGGAUAAUGCAAGAAAGGCCACUUCAAUACCCGGGAACAACGGAACUGAGCCUGCGACAAUAAACGACGGACACAGCGGGCAGACAGCUAUUCAAUCAUCUAGCGAAAGGUGUCAAAUCAACGCAUUCAACAGUGACAUGAAUAUCGAAAGGCCACUUGUAACACGAAGGGGCCGCAAACAAUCUUUAACAGAAGAUCUGUCUAAGACAUUUGUAUGUGAGCUAUGUAAUCGUCGCUUCCGUCGUCAAGAACAUCUAAAGCGUCAUUAUCGUUCUUUGCACACCCAGGAUAAACCAUUUGAAUGCCAUGAAUGUGGAAAGAGAUUCUCACGAAGCGAUAACUUAUCUCAGCAUGCACGAACUCACGGAAGCGGUGCUAUUGUUAUGGGCUUGCUCGAAGAUGGUGAGAUGAUAGGCGAUGAUGGCGACGGUGAUCAGUUGCAAUCUUUGGGGUCAGUUCUAUUUCGUGUCGCCGCGGCAACGUCUGGAUCAGAUACAGAUCGCUCGAUUCAAGAUUCCAGUGUCUGUACUGAUACACAGGCUCGAAAGAAGCGCAAGCGUGUUGAAUAA